UCCGAACAUUCCAAAACAAAUGCGAAUCUGACGGCUAAGAAGCUGUAUAAACCCUCUCCUAAAAUCAAAAAAAUUCCCAGCAUAAUUCUAGGCUUCUAGCUUCCCCGUACGUCUUAUUAAGGCCAAGGAUCCGGUUGACCUGAACCAACGUCUCUCUACCAUCCACUUCUUCCUCCUCCUCUCUCCGCCGGAAAAUUUCCCCUUUUUCUGUGUCGGGAAAGUCCGCGCGGCCGUUGCCUCAUCUGGGUCUUUCUUCUUCCCUACAGAUUGUUGGUUUGUUUUUGUGGGUUACAGUGGUAAAUUCAACGGACAUGGUUAUGAAGGUGGCGUCUCCGAAGAAAGCAGCUUCCAUUACAGAGAAGGUGUGGCAGAGGGUUUAUGGGAAUUAUGUUAGCAGCAACGCAGGCAGAAGCAGUGGGGCCGGCCAUUUUCAUAGUACCAAGAGGUGUUCGUACGAGAGCGAUGAUGAAUACGAAGACGAAGAUGGGAACUUUCCGCUGGUGCAGAUCGGUGCGGAGAGGACCAAGAAUGUGUUGAUUCUCAUGAGCGAUACCGGUGGCGGCCAUCGAGCUUCCGCCGAGGCCAUCCGCGACGCUUUCAAGAUUGAGUUUGGGGAUGAAUACAGGAUAUUUGUGAAAGAUGUUUGGAAGGAGUACACAGGCUGGCCAUUGAAUGACAUGGAGAGGUCCUACAAGUUCAUGGUGAAACAUGUCCAGCUAUGGAAAGUUGCCUUUCACAGUACCUCUCCCAGAUGGAUACACUCAUGUUAUCUUGCAGCUUUUGCCGCUUAUUACGCCAAGGAGGUUGAGGCUGGGCUAAUGGAGUACAAGCCCGAUAUUAUAAUUAGCGUCCAUCCACUGAUGCAACACAUUCCUCUAUGGGUUCUUAAAUGGCAAGGGCUUCAGAAGAAAGUAAUUUUUGUCACAGUAAUUACAGACCUCAACUCCUGCCACCCUACAUGGUUUCAUCCAGGGGUCAACAGAUGCUAUUGCCCUUCCAAGGAAGUAGCCAAGAGGGCUUUAGAUGAUGGCCUUGAAGAGUCUCAAACUCGAGUCUUUGGCCUCCCUAUUCGUCCUUCUUUUGCUCGAGCAGUUCUUUCCAAGGAUGAAUUGAGAAAAGAACUAGAGAUGGAUCCUGAUUUGCCUGCAGUUCUUCUCAUGGGAGGGGGUGAAGGGAUGGGUCCCGUUAGGAAAACAGCAAGGGCUCUUGGAGAAUCACUUCUUGAUAAAGAUCAAGGGAAACCAAUAGGGCAAUUAAUUAUCAUUUGUGGACGUAACAAAGCGCUUGCCACUACAUUAGAAUCAGAUGAAUGGAAUAUCCCGGUUAAGGUCCGAGGUUUUGAGACUCAGAUGGAGAAAUGGAUGGGAGCAUGUGAUUGCAUAAUUACAAAAGCUGGACCUGGUACUAUUACAGAGGCCUUAAUCAGAGGGCUACCUAUUAUCCUCAACGACUACAUUCCUGGACAGGAAAAGGGCAAUGUGCCUUACGUAGUAGACAAUGGGGCAGGUGUGUUUACCAGAAGUCCCAAAGAAACAGCUAAAAUUGUGGCUGAAUGGUUCAGCACAAAAACAGAUGAGCUCAAGAGAAUGUCAGAGAAUGCACUAAAACUAGCACAACCAGAGGCGGUUUUUGACAUUGUAAAGGACAUUCACGAGCUUGCCUGCCAACGAGGGCCUCUUGCCAACGUCCCUUACAUGUUAACCGCAUCAUUCACCAGCCUAAUUUAAUCAAAUUGAUUACACCUUCGUCUUCCUCUGUAGCUAAGGCUUGGUCUAUCUACUAGUAUCCAUUGUACAGAUAGCUUUCGUAUUAAUUAUUAUCAUUCUUUGGAUUCAGAGGUUCAGUUGACAAUUCUGCUAGAACAAACUCUGAUAAUGUUCUGAAGGGUUGGGAAUUUUUGUAAAAUGGGUUUCGUGUAAAAGCUGGUAAUCUUGUAAUUUGAUAUAUAUGGUUCAGUAUUAACCUAUUUUGUUUUUACCUUCUAAAUUAAAUUUCAAAUGGUUUU